AUGGCUUCUCUUGGUGGUAACAUUUUGCCCCUCGUUGGCUUCAACCUUCAUGCAUUCUUUACCGGCAUCACCGGCGGCCUACUUUUCUUCGCCGGUCUUAUCAAGCUUUCCCACAAGAGGGCUUCACAGAAGUCGGAUCAGAAGCGUCAGGAUGAUGAUGAGCCGGGCCUCAUCAGCGCGCUCCUCCUUUUCUGUUAUGGCUGCUUCUUCAAGCCGCAUUCUGGUAGUGGCAAAGCCAACCAGCAAGGCGCCCUCGAGUCCUUCUACGCAGGCCAGGCUUCAGCGGUACGGCUCCCCAAGAUGAUAGGCUUUCAAAUGUACCUAGUAUGUCCCACUGACCAACAUGCUUCCACAGUUGGCGGUGGCACAGGCUGGAAUAUCGAGGCCAUGUCGCAGUUUGUCAACGUCCCUGAAUUCUUCAGCACUGUCUAUCUUGUCGACCUCUCACCGUCGCUCUGCGCAGUAGCAGAGAAGAGAUUCUCGCGCCUCGGUUGGGACAACGUCAAAAUCAUAUGCCAAGACGCUCGCAAAUUCCGGCUGGAAGACUAUGAAAAUGGUCUCUCCGGUCCAGGAUCGCCAGGGUCCUCAACUCCCAAGAGCUACUUUGAUCAGAAGCGUCCCGAGCAUGGCGGUGCUGACUUGAUCACCAUGUCUUACAGCUUGUCCAUGAUUCCUGACUAUUACUCCGUCAUUGACUCAUUGACAUCCCUUCUUUCUCCGGAUGGACUUCUCGGGGUUGUCGACUUUUACGUUCAGUCCAAAGCUGACUUUACUUACCGCAACUGGACGGGUGGUAUGAUCGGCCGUCACGUCAACUACCUCUCACGAACCUUUUGGAGGGCCUGGUUCGAUCUCGACCGUGUUGCUCUCGAGCCCGCCCGCCGAGACUACCUCGAGUACAAAUUCGGCACCGUUCUCACGGCCAACUUGCGCAACACCGCUCUCGGGUCCAUCCCCUAUUACGUCUGGCUAGGCUGUCACAAGAAGCCCUUCUCCUCAUCCAGCCUCCCCGAGGAGAUCAUCCAGCGAAUCGACGCCCUAGCCACCGAGUCCCCCUACCUGCUCCCAUCCGACUCCCACAGCAGCAAAAAGCAGCAAAAUGUCAUCACCGCCAAACUCACCCGCGCGAUAGAGCGCACAGCCCCCGAAAUCCGCUCCAAAGCCUUCGACGCCGCCAUCCAAAACCUCUCCGCCAACCUCCCCUUGCCCUCCUUCUUUUACCAAAACCACCACUGGCGCAUCUACUACGACGACCAGCUCCCAAAACACACCCAAUUCAACAACGAAUACAUCUACGCCUUCACCUGGGAAGACUCCCGCGUCGACCGCGAGAUCCUCAAGCUCGGCAGAGACGACGUCGUGCUCGCCAUCACCAGCGCGGGCGACAACAUCCUCUCGUACGCGUUGCAGUCCCCGGCCCGCAUCCACGCCAUCGACCUGAACCCCAGCCAGAACCACCUCCUCGAGCUAAAAGCAGCCUCCUUCACCGCUUUGUCUCAUGCCGACUUCUGGAAGAUUUUCGGCGAGGGCAAACACGAAAAUUUCCGCGCGCUUCUCAUCACAAGAUUGUCCCCCCACCUCUCCAGCCGGGCGUUCCAGUACUGGCUCGACAACUCUUUUAUUUUCACCAACCCCACGUCCAGGGGGUUAUACGACACCGGCGGCUCCCGCCACGCCAUCCGCGCAUUUAGAUACACCUCCCGUCUCUUUCGCUGCCGUUCAGCCGUCACCUCCCUCCUGAACAGCAAAACCCUCAUCGAACAACGCGAGAUCUGGCACAGCAAAAUCCGGCCUGCACUGCUCAGUCCCCUGGUGAGCAACCUCCUCGUCAGCACGGAAGCCUUCCUCUGGAAAGCCCUCGGCGUGCCAAAGAACCAGCUCGCCAUGAUCGAGGCCGAUCACGGCAGCAGCCGCGCCGUGAAGGUUGGCCUGGCCAAGAGCACGAGGGCGCACGCGAUAUGGCAUUACAUGGUCAACACGCUUGACCCUGUAGUUGAAAAGACGCACAUUGCGGUUGAUAACCCUUACUACCUCGUCUGCAUGACGGGGGGGUUCACAAAGAAAUGUCAUCCUGAUUAUCUAUCCCGCGCUGCGCACAAGAAACUUUCCCAGCCUGGGGCGUUUGAGGGGUUAAGGAUACACACUGAUGAGAUUGACGAGGUGAUUGCGAGAAUGGCGCCUGGGACGGUGACGGUAGCGGUGUUGAUGGAUAGCAUGGAUUGGUUCGACCCGGACACAGACGCGGCGGGAAGGCAGAUUGAAAAGGUUAACAGGGCCUUGAAGACGGGUGGGAGGGUCCUGGUGAGGAGCUCGGCUUUGAGGCCGUGGUACAUCAAGGAGUUUGAAAAGAGGGGGUUUGUGGGCGAGAGGGUGGGGAAUAGGGGGGUGGGAGAGUGUAUUGACCGGGUGAAUAUGUAUGCCAGCUGCUGGGUUUUUACCAAGGUGGAUAACCUGCCGCCGCCGACGCCGGGGGGGAGCGAGGGGGAGCAGAGGACUGGCGGAGAGGAGGUGGAUGUUUGGAGCUUGUGA